ACGUCUCGUAUAUGAGUACGCUCGUAAAUACGUAAAUGCAUAGGUAUAGAAUACGUGCGGAGUGAUAUAUGCAUUCACGUGUAUAUUUGGUACAAGUGAAAGCAUGUUUUUUCCGAGCAAUCCUGUUUCUUUACUACUUUGCGAUGUUUGGAUGAUAAAUGUUAAAUUGAACAUUAAAUUUGCAAGUACGCUUGAGAGUAGAAAUAAUUAAAAAUAUUGCGUUGUCAUUACCGACAGCGUGCUCGUUAGGGCCAGUAGAGCAAACGUAGCUAAACCCGCUCCAUCUAGGCUAAAGCGAGAAAAGCUGGCAGUGUCUCGGAUUGUUUGACAACAAUUAACCGUCGCGCGUGAAAAUUCGUUUAUCUGCACGCAUGUAAUUUCUGUGAUUUAAUUCAGAUGCUUUCAUUCGCCGGGUUUGAUAUCAGCUGGGUAUCGCCGAGCGAUGGUUGCUACCGCGUGUGAUACGCGCGUUUUGCCUUUUAACAUAGUACGUUUUUAAAACGUGAGAUUAUAUGAAGAGCUGACCUGCGGGCAAGUGGUAGGGAUCAUAUCCACACGUGCAAAGAUGUAACUGGUGCUCUAAAAAGUGGUGCUCAGAAAUUGGUUUCCUGCCUAGAUAGUAACGAGUGUAAAUAUGCCGCAUCAGUUUGGGCUGCCUGCAAUGGCGCACGGCAUGCAGUCCCCUCCAUCUCCGUCAGCUGUGUCGUCAUCCUAUCCUAGAUUUGCCUCCUCCGGAGUGUACAGAUCUGAUACAGACCAGCGGCUGACGCGUGAAGCGAUGGAGCGCUACCUCCGCGAUCGAAGUGACAUGGUGAUAGUGAUCCUGCAUGCCAAGGUGGCACAGAAGUCGUAUGGCAAUGAGAAGCGGUUUUUCUGUCCUCCACCAUGCAUAUACCUCUUUGGGGAUGGGUGGAGGAUGCGCCAAGAACAAAUGCUACGCGAGGGGGAGUCCGAACAGUCGGCACAGCUAUGCGCCUUCAUCGGGAUUGGCAACUCAGACCAGGACAUGCAGCAGCUGGACCUCAACAACGGGAAGCAGUAUUGCGCUGCUAAGACUUUGUACAUAUCAGACUCUGACAAGCGAAAACAUUUUAUGCUGUCGGUUAAGAUGUUUUAUGGUAGCGGACAUGACAUAGGUGUAUUUCACAGCAAGAGGAUAAAGGUGAUAUCGAAGCCUUCAAAGAAGAAGCAAUCCCUCAAGAAUGCCGAUCUAUGCAUUGCCAGUGGCACCAGAGUCGCCCUGUUUAAUCGCCUCAGGUCCCAGACUGUCAGCACCAGAUACCUCCAUGUCGAGAACGGCAAUUUUCACGCCAGCUCAACCCAGUGGGGUGCCUUCACUAUACAUCUGCUCGAUGAUAAUGAAAGCGAGUCCGAAGAGUUUCAGGUUCGAGAUGGGUAUGUUCACUACGGAAGUACAGUAAAGCUGGUUUGCUCGGUAACAGGCAUGGCCUUGCCACGUCUGAUAAUCAGGAAGGUAGACAAGCAGAUGGCAAGUUUAGAAGCAGAUGACCCAGUUUCCCAGUUGCACAAGUGCGCCUUCUAUAUGAAAGACACGGAUCACAUGUACCUCUGUCUGUCCCAGGAGAGAAUAAUACAGUUUCAGGCAACGCCGUGCCCCAAAGAAGCCAACAAGGAGAUGAUCAAUGAUGGCGCCUGCUGGACCAUCAUAAGUACAGACAAAGCAGAGUAUCAGUUUUUCGAGGGAAUGGGGCCUGUCCGUUCUCCCGUAACUCCAGUCCCCCUGGUUCACAGCCUGCACUUGAAUGGUGGUGGCGACGUAGCGAUGCUCGAACUAACCGGGGAUAAUUUUACACCAAAUUUACAAGUGUGGUUUGGCGAUGUUGAGGCCGAGACGAUGUAUAGGUGUCAAGAGAGCAUGCUGUGCGUUGUUCCAGACAUUUCUUUGUUCAGGGGGGAAUGGCUCUGGGUUAGGCAGCCCACACAAGUCCCAGUUUCGCUAGUCAGGAAUGAUGGGAUUAUUUAUGCGACGGGACUGACGUUCACUUAUACCCCUGAACCUGGGCCACGGCCACACUGUCCUCCUGCUGACGAGAUAAUGAGAGCGCCGAGGUCCAUGCAUGAUCCGAGUCUGCCCCCUGCAAUUGCCGAUGUUCCUUGGAAUAUUCACCAUCAGCAGCCUCAGUCGGGACUCUGAUGUAUCGCACACUGCCAGAAUCUGAGCAGUGGAUCGGCUUCUAAUGACAGCUACAGUGACAGUGACGGUGAGAAUAGCUCUAGUGGUGAAAGUUUUUUGCGGCAAGCUGACAAGACUUAGGGAGAUGAGUGUGACAUGUGCAGCGACAAUUUUAGGUGAUGCCGAAUUGUAAAAAUGCUUAUCAUCUACAAAAUUUGUAUGAAUCUGGUCACUAAGUACAGUGCUGCUGUUCGUAAAAAAGAUAUAGAAAAAGAGGGAACAACAGUUAUGAAGGGAAGAAAAAAAAUAUAGAAACGGUGAAUAAACUUUAUCCUCAUCUUCAGCUUCAUUGUUCUCCCUUAUACUCGAUCUGAUUUUCUAUGAGUAAUUCUAGAAUCUGCAUUGUAUGAAAACUAUUAUUUCUAAUAAGUCCCCCCUGCCAUUGAAGCAAUGGGCCGUAACAGGCCGGAAAAACCAGGAAUCAUUGGAGAACUUUCUUAAUCUAGAAAAGUCCAGGAAUUUAAUAUCACCCGGUCAUUUAUUGCCACCCUGAUUAUGGCUCCUCGUAAGCGUGUGGAGUAACAAACUCGUAUGUACAAGAAAUAAUACCAAGAAGACAUUUUGUAAUAUUUUUCUUACCAUAUUUAUAAUCUUUUAGCUAAAAAUGUGAAUAUCUGUUAUUUCUUCUACACACGAAUCGAAAAGCGAUACAUAUGCAAUUAGCCUUUUCGUAAUAUACGGUGUAGAUGUAAUAUGUACGAUAUACAGAAAUAAUAUGCAAAAAUCUGAAUCCUGGCCGAGAAAAUACUUGUAUAAAAAUACCUCAAGGGUCCAUUAGUAUAUACACGUGGUAUGAAGUGGGACACGCCUUGUUUCAAUUAUUUUUUACGUCUUCAAAAGAUAUUGAGAAAAAAUAUCCAAUUAGAAUACUUCUUUCUAUUUUCAAGUUAUAAUUGUAGAUAUACAUAAUGCAUAUAACAUGUGUUUGCAUAAUGGAACAGCACCAUUUAUAACAAUAAUACAAUGAUGAAUACAGAUAA